UGUUGCGGCUGAUUGUGGGGGCGGGUGCAGCUCGUGGUGUCGGCGUUUGCGGGACCUGGCUGAAAUCCGCCAGCUUCUCGAGCGGAGGGCGCAUCAUGAUACCCACUUCCGAGACAGGACGGUUGGAAGCCGAAACAAGGAGCACUCUUCAAGAUGAACUUAAAACAAUUUUACAAAAACGCAUUAUGGUAUUGGAUGGAGGCAUGGGCACCAUGAUUCAACAACACAAACUUGAGGAAGAUGAUUAUCGUGGUGAAGAAUUCAAAGACCAUCCUAAACUUUUAAAGGGGAAUAAUGAUCUUCUCAGCAUAACACAAUCUGACAUUAUCUGCAAAAUUCACAAGGAAUACUUGCUCGCUGGAGCAGAUAUUGUGGAGACAAACACCUUCAGUGGCACAAGAGUUGCGCAGGCAGACUAUGGGUUGGAACAUUUGGCUUACCGACUGAAUAAAGUCUCAGCAGAACUGGCCAGAAAGGCGGCUGAUGAUGUGGGGAUGCAAACAGGUACCCGAAGAUUUGUGGCAGGUGCGAUGGGGCCAACCAACAAAACAUUGUCAGUAUCACCCUCUGUGGAGAGGCCUGACUACAGAAAUAUAACAUUCGAGGAGUUAGUUGAAGCUUAUGAAGAACAGGCCAGAGGCUUGCUUGAUGGAGGUAUUGACCUUCUCCUGGUGGAGACCAUUUUUGAUACAGCAAAUGCAAAGGCUGCCUUGUUUGCCAUUCAGCAGUUGUUUGCUGAGCAGUAUGAGCCCAGACCUAUUUUUAUUUCCGGAACAAUUGUGGAUAAAAGCGGACGGACGCUGUCUGGUCAGACAGGAGAAGCAUUUGUCAUCAGUGUAUCCCAUGCGGAGCCACUUAGCAUUGGAUUAAAUUGUGCUUUGGGAGCUGUGGAAAUGAGGCCAUUCAUAGAAGCAAUUGGAAAAUGCACAACUGCCUUUGUUUUAUGCUACCCUAAUGCAGGUCUCCCUAACGCAUUUGGAGGCUAUGAUGAAACCCCUGAAGUCAUUGCAAGACACCUGAAGGAAUUUGCCAUGGAUGGGCUAGUAAACAUUGUUGGAGGGUGCUGUGGAACGACUCCAGCUCAUAUCCGGGCAAUAGCAGAAGCAGUCCAAAAAUGUAGACCUAGAAUUCCUCCUCCCUCUGUUUUUGGAGAAUUCAUGUUACUGUCAGGUCUUGAACCUUUUAGAGUUGGACCGUACACCAACUUUGUCAACGUUGGAGAGCGUUGUAAUGUGGCAGGAUCUAGAAACUUUGCUAAACUUAUUAUGGCAAGUAAUUAUGAGGAAGCCUUGAAUGUAGCAAAAUCUCAAGUGAAAAUGGGAGCCCAAAUCUUGGACGUCAACAUGGAUGAUGGAAUGUUAGAUGGCAAGAGUGCUAUGACCAGAUUUUGUAACCUUGUGGCAACAGAACCAGAUAUUGCCAAGGUUCCAUUGUGCAUAGACUCUUCCAAUUUCGCUGUGAUUGAAGCGGGGUUGAAGUGUUGCCAGGGCAAGUGUGUUGUGAAUAGCAUCAGCUUGAAGGAAGGUGAGGAAGACUUUCUGGAAAAGGCACGCAUCAUUAAACGCUUUGGGGCUGCUGUUGUAAUAAUGGCAUUUGAUGAGAAAGGGCAGGCAACUGAGACUGAAGAUAAAGUGGAAAUAUGUGCCAGAGCCUAUGACUUGCUUGUGAAUAAAGUGAAAUUUAACCCUAAUGAUAUAAUAUUUGAUCCAAAUAUACUGACAAUUGGAACUGGAAUGGAGGAGCAUGGUCUGUAUGCUGAAAACUUUAUCAAGGCCAUUUCAAUUAUAAAGAGAAAGUUACCUGGCGCUAGAAUAAGUGGCGGUCUUUCUAAUUUGUCCUUCUCAUUUCGAGGAAUGGAGGCAAUCCGUGAAGCCAUGCAUAGCGUGUUCCUUUACCAUGCUAUAAAGGCAGGGAUGGAUAUGGGAAUUGUGAAUGCAGGAAAGUUGCCUGUUUAUGAUGACAUUGACAGAGAACUUCUGGAGCUAUGUGAGAGUUUGAUCUGGAACAAAGAUCCUUUAGCUACAGAGAAAUUGUUGCAAUAUGCACAGAAUCAUGCCAAUAGUGGGAAGAAAGUGAUACAAACUGAUGAAUGGAGGAAUGCCCCUGUUGAGGAACGUCUUGUAUAUGCCCUAAUUAAGGGAGUAGAAAAAUAUGUGGUGGAAGAUACAGCAGAAGCAAGAGGCAAUCAGGAGAAGUACCCCAGGCCUCUGCAUAUAAUCGAAGGACCCCUGAUGAAUGGAAUGAAAGUUGUGGGGGAAUUAUUUGGAACAGGAAAAAUGUUUCUUCCACAGGUUGUUAAAUCUGCUCGCGUAAUGAAGAAAGCUGUUGGUUACCUUAUCCCCUUCAUGGAAAAGGAAAGAGAGGAAAUGUUGGCACAGUCAGGCAAUUCAGAAGAAAAAAGCCCGUACCAAGGUACCAUUGUGUUAGCCACUGUCAAGGGAGAUGUUCAUGACAUUGGCAAGAAUAUUGUUGGUGUGGUAUUGGCUUGCAACAACUUCAGAGUGAUUGAUCUGGGAGUUAUGACUCCAUGUGAUAAGAUACUGCGAGCAGCUAUCGAGAAUAAAGCAGAUAUUAUUGGACUGUCUGGUCUCAUCACACCAUCUUUGGAUGAAAUGAUAUAUGUUGCCAAGGAAAUGGAACGACUGGGUAUGAAAAAGCCUUUACUGAUUGGUGGAGCAACAACUUCAAAAACACACACGGCUGUCAAAAUUGCACCAAGGUAUAGUGCACCUGCAAUUCAUGUUCUAGAUGCUUCUAAGAGUGUUGUUGUGUGCUCUCAACUUUUAGAUGAUGACUUGAAGGAUGACUACUUUGAGGAAGUAACUGAAGAAUAUGAAGAGAUUCGACAGGAUUAUUAUGAGUUUUUAAUGGACAGAAAAUAUUUAACUUUAGAGCAAGCCAGGAUUAGAGGAUUUCAUAUAGAUUGGCUCUCCCAUCCUAAGCCAGUGAAGCCAACUUUUAUUGGGACACAAUCCUUUCUAGCUUAUGACCUGCGGAGACUGAUAAGCUAUAUUGAUUGGAAACCUUUCUUUGAUGUUUGGCAGCUGAAGGGAAAAUACCCAAAUCGUGGAUAUCCCAGAAUCUUUAAAGACAAGACAGUAGGUGAAGAAGCCAAGAAGGUUUUUCAAGAUGCACAGAAUAUGCUGUACACGCUGAUUGAAGAGAAGAGAUUAACGGCCAGAGGAAUCAUAGGGUUCUGGCCAGCUCAAAGUGUUGGGGAUGACAUACACUUGUUUGCAGAGGAUGCUUUGCCCCACAUUGGUGAACCAGUGGCUAAGUUUUAUGGUUUACGGCAACAGGUGGACAAGGACUCCAUUAGUACGGAAAAGUACUGCUGCAUCUCCGAUUUCAUAGCACCAAGUGACUCUGGCGUGUUGGAUUAUAUCGGUGUGUUUGCAGUGGCAUGCUUUGGUGCUGAGUUGCUGAGCAAACAGUAUGAGGAGGAGGGUGAUGACUACAGCAGCAUAAUGGUUAAGGCCUUGGCAGACAGACUAGCUGAAGCCUUUGCAGAAGAGAUGCAUGCAAGAGUCCGUAAGGAAUUUUGGGGCUACUCCCCUGAUGAGAGCCUUGAUGCUGCCGACAUUCAUAGAAUCAAAUAUGUGGGAAUUCGUCCAGCUCCAGGUUACCCAACCCAACCUGAUCACACUGAAAAAAUAACAAUGUGGAAACUGGCUAAUAUUGAAGAGGAUACAGGAAUUACAUUGACUGAAUCCUUGGCUAUGACUCCAGCGGCUGCAGUCUCCGGACUUUAUUUCUCCAGUCCACAAUCUAUGUAUUUUGCUGUUGGUAAAAUUACUAAGGAACAGGUUGAAGAUUAUGCAGCCAGAAAACAGAUGAGAACAGAAGAUGUUGAGAAAUGGCUGGGACCCAUUUUAGGAUAUGAUACUGAUUGAUAACUCAUAAGACAAAUCAUAGUGAGGCACCGUUAAAUUGGUCUUACACACUGAAAACAUUUUGGUCUUCCUGCAUUUUUUCAUAUGUUAUAAAAGUUAUGUACUUAUGCAUGCAGUAAAGACUGCAUUUCUGGAAAAAACAAUCAGGAUCACACCCGUGUAAUGAUAGCUUGGAGCUCAUUGGAACUUUCACCAGCCAUCUUAAUACAUUUUAGUAGAAAUAGAAUUAAGCAACACAUGUUAAGAAUAUGCUUUUUCUCCCUUUUAGGCUUCGCUCCCCUUCGGUCAUGUUAUUCCCAGCAGAGACAAUACUUCCAGCUCCCAGGCCACUUAAUUUUUGUUGGUAACGGCUUCAUAUUACUCAAUUUAUAAUCUUGUUUGCAAGUGAAUUUAAUAUCUCCAGUUUCUGAUGUCCUCAAAAUUAAAUCUGACUACAAUUUGCGCAGAUGCUGCGUAAAGCAAUUCGUUUUUUAAGUUAGGAAUUCUUUUUUAAGGACUGAUGGUUAACAAUCAGGUUUCAUGUAAAAAAAAUUCACAUCAAGGGUGGAAUUGUCCCAUAUUUGCCCUAAGUGCAGUUGCAGGUGUGAAAAAUGACGUUUUACCUGCCGGCCACAAUGGUGGAUUUUUGCGCCAUAUUGUCCACUUCUCGACUCAUUAAUUAUGUAGGCAAAGGAAACAUGCCCUCUUGCCGGCGGGCAGCCUCUGAAUCAUCUGCCACACAGUUACCUCACCAUUUCCUCACUCCGGGUGGCAUUUCUAAACAGCAGGCACACACACAUUUCUCAAUGCUUGCAGACAUGACUGCUCCAGUGAAGACGUGGUACUAAAAGCCAAGAAAAGUUGCGACUCAUCACUGGAAUGCCUUUUGGAGGCCCACUGUGAUGUCCUCCACCCCCCACUCUGGCCCCAGGAGGUCCAGCAAUCUUACCACUUGGCUUGGGAGGUAGUGGCAGUGGUGGUCAGUGCCAAUGCUGCACACAAGAGGUUGGCCAGUCAGUGCAGAAAGACGAUGAAUGAUCCCAUCCGUGCCACCAGGGUAACGCAACCAUCUCAUUACUCUAAACUCACACUCACAAGACCAUCACACAUUCAUUGGCAUCUCACUCACUGCCAGCUCAACAGACAUCACCAC